GCUUGGGUUAAUUGCAUUAUGCAUGUUGGAGAGGACAAAAGAGUUCCUCAAACCCUAGGUCCACUCGAGGGGUGAUGGGAGCGUGCAGGGAUUUGUUGAGCUGAUCGUGACUUUGCCCUAAGCUCGCAGGAAGUCGCUGCCACUGCACAAUGGCCGGGGAUACCUUCAUUCCACCGUUUCCUCCUUCUCCAGCCCCUCCGCACAUCCUAUCCGCAAACCAAACAUCCUGUAUUAAUACGGCUCAAUCCUCACCUGUGACCCCGCCGAAUAACGCGCCUUCAUCCUCUGACGGUAGACUAAUAUCGAAGAAGAAACGCUCAAAGAGCCGCAAUGGCUGCACAACAUGCAAGUCAAAGCGACUCAAAUGCGACGAGUCCAAACCGAGGUGUCAACAAUGUGCGAGGCGCCAUGUCGUGUGCGGCGGAUAUAUGAAGGACUUCAAAUGGCGGGCGUUUGAGGAGAGUAAAUUCACUGGCAAAUCCGCAAGCGGGACGAGGAAGGGUACAUCUACUCGUAUCCUGUCUGCCAGUCGUAGCCGACACACGCUCAGUGACUUUCAGCCGUCCCUAGGAAGCCCUCCUCUGGCCUAUAGCACUUUCCUCAAGUCACUUCCAGUCAAUAGCACGAGUUUCACUCCAUCGCCCUCGCUUUCGCCGUUUUCCUUCUCGGCUGAUUUGUCCUCCUCCUCGUUUGAUCCUCGCUCACUGCCGGCGAUUGAGACGUAUAGCCUCCAAUCGGGCCCGGAUUUUCCUGCGCCAUCCCCUUUUGCGCCUGUUGAUACCUAUCUCUCCACGUCUAUCGGCAGUUCCGUCUCUGGCUGUGAGACAUUGAGCGAAGGUGCCAGUUUUGUUGAACGCACAGCUGCUUCUAGCUCAUCGUCCGAUCAGUCUUCCCGGCUUCUGGAUCUCCUUCUACCUGAGACGGAUCUCUCUGUGCCGCCUGACGAAUAUACCGCUUUUCACCAGCAACAUCCCGAGUUGCUCUAUGACCAUUUUGUGUUCAACCCUCCCUCUAACGGUCUACACGAGGAGGAGAUUAUACAAGACGCCCCGCGCACUCUAAACUCUAUCUCGGCUGCCAGAACUGAAAUCCAAUGCCACUCCGCACUUUGUCGUUCUGUUGCCGGAUCAAUUGGGAACCAACCACCGCAAACGAGACAACUUCCAUUCAUACCGGACUCCCCGGAAGCAUUGAUCAGAUUUUCCAACAGAGACACAUGCGAGAUCCUCUCGGUCAAGGAUGGUCCAACUGAGAACCCAUGGCUAACUCAUGUAUAUCCUCUGGCACACGAUUGUCCAGCACUGUACCACGCUAUGGCAUCCAUGACGUUUCCCCGCCAGGCAAGGGACUGCUACGCCAUGCACAUUCAAGACAUGGUACUGCAAGACUUAUUUGAUGAGCACCGCACAUUACAAAGUCCGAGCCACCUUCUCAUUCACUCUACGACUUCCUUCCCGUCAUCAUUCUCGUUACCCCCCUAACUAAUUACCUCUAAAUACCCACGCCUUCCUCCUUUCCCUCCCUCACCCUCCCUAUCCCCUUCACCUCCCACGCGCGUGCUUCCACCUCCCCUUACCUACCCCCUAAAACACAAAAAACUGAAAAACCUUCCCUGCACCUUGGCUAUCCCAGGAUACCUCAGCCUCAACACGCCGUCGCCGAAAU